GACACUUCAAGGCAUGCAAUAACUCCGCGCGAUCGUUUUCUGGCAUGGGCUGGCAAGAACCAUGCAGGCUUGACAUUGCGAUGGUCGAUAUCAUGAGCAACGUGAGGCAGAGCACAAUACGCGUCCCGGGACGAUCGAGAGAACCUGGGUGGUCGACACAAUCUACCCCUGUGUUACAUCUCCAAGGUAUGCACCGGGUACCGAACUUGUGCGAAUGAUGCUGCAAGCAUCCAUUGGGCCACAGGGACUGUUGCAUGACAAAGUGCC